AUGUCAAAUCCUGUCGCCGGUCCAUCUAUUCCAUCUCACCAAAUGACUUCGUCGAACAAUAAACCUAAUAACGACCAAUCAGACUCAGACGAUGACUUUAUGCCCGAACUUCCACCCGAAUUUAAGGCUUUAGAUAAACCGAUUGGACCGAUUGGACCCAGUCUACCACCGGGAUUUGAUAGGUCUUCUCAAAAUACCAAGCAUGAUGAAGAUAGCGAGGAAGAUGACGGGGUCACAGGUCCUAUGCCAUUACCAUCAUAUCUUAUACAACAUAAUGACGAAACAGAAGGAGUUCGUGCACUUCGAGAACGCGAAGAAAGACAAGCUGAAAAGGAUCGGAUAGAAAGGGAAAGCAAGGUUUUGAAACGUGAAGAAUGGAUGCUUGUACCACCUAAGGAGUUAGACCUCCCUGCUUCCAUCGAUCCCACAAAAAUCAAAUCUCGAGGGUUCAAGCAAACUUCUAAACCGCAUUCAGGUACAGUUGAAAGACAGGGUGGUACUGGUUCUUUAUGGACUGAAACACCUGUGGAGAGGACCCAACGGUUAGAGGAUGAAGCAAUGGGAAAACUAGAAGGGCAGAAGACGUCGCCAAAGAAAUCUAUCAGAUCUUCAUCUUUAUUGGAUUUACAUAACAAAGCUUCUUCUAACAUUUCAAAAUCAAAAUCAAAAGCCGAAAAAGAGAAAGAUAAAAAAGAAGCUGUAGUCUGGGAUCACGAUUCGAUGAUGGGUUUGGGUGGAAAAUUGAUGGGUGAGAAACAAAAAGCCGAUAUGAUUAGAGAUGCUAAAGGACUCGGUGGUAGAUUUGGUGGUGGUAGUUUUUUGUAA